ACGUCACUGGGCGCGCAAUUCGGGCUGGAGCGCUUUAAAAAAACGAGCGUGCGAGCGGAGAUGCUGCUCCACACACAGCAGGCCGCCUGCAGCAGCAACGCUUACCGGCCCUGCAGCGGCUGCAGCCCGGGCUACUCCGGAGGUCCGUGUGGCUGCAGCGGGCACGGUCAGGCCCCGCAGCUCUUCUCCUCGGUGCCCCCGCUGGGGGCAGGAGCGCGGCGCCCAGCACCGCAGGCGCCCGCUUAGCUGCAGAAGCCGGCGGAGUCGCGUCGGGCGCGCCACCGUCCGCUGCAACCCGAAAGCUGCCCUGCGACCGCAUCCCGCUCGCGGCCCCCUGCCUGGGCACCAUGGACACCUCCUCGGUCGGCGUGCUCCUGUCCUUGCCUAUCCUCCUGCAGCUGGCAGCCGGGGGCAGCUCGCCGCGGCCCGGCGCGCUGCUUCGGGGGUGCCCCGCGCACUGUCAGUGCGAGCCGGACGGUAGGAUGCUGCUCAGGGUGGACUGCUCGGACCUGGGGCUCUCGGAGCUGCCCUCCAACCUCAGCGUCUUCACCUCCUACCUAGACCUCAGUAUGAACAACAUCAGUGAGCUGCCCCCAAGUCCUCUGCACACUCUCCGUUUCCUAGAGGAGCUACGUCUUGCCGGAAACGCUUUGACAUACAUUCCCAAGGGAGCAUUUGCUGGCCUUUACAGUCUUAAAGUUCUUAUGCUACAGAAUAAUCACCUAAGGCAGGUACCCACGGAAGCUCUACAGAAUCUGCGAAGCCUUCAGUCACUGCGUCUGGAUGCCAACCACAUCAGCUACGUGCCCCCAAGCUGUUUCAGUGGCCUGCAUUCCCUGAGGCACCUGUGGCUGGAUGACAACGCUUUGACAGAAAUCCCUGUCCAAGCUUUCAGAAGUUUAUCAGCACUGCAGGCCAUGACCUUGGCCCUCAACAAAAUACACCACAUACCAGACUAUGCCUUUGGAAACCUCUCCAGCUUGGUAGUUCUGCAUCUCCAUAACAAUAGAAUCCACUCCCUGGGAAAGAAAUGCUUUGAUGGGCUCCACAGCCUAGAGACUUUAGACUUGAAUUACAAUAAUCUUGAUGAAUUCCCCACUGCAAUAAGGACACUCUCCAACCUUAAAGAACUAGGAUUUCAUAGCAACAAUAUCAAGUCAAUACCUGAGAAAGCAUUUGUUGGCAACCCUUCUCUUAUUACAAUACAUUUCUAUGACAACCCCAUCCAGCUUGUUGGACGAUCCGCUUUUCAACAUUUACCUGAACUAAGAACACUGACUUUGAACGGUGCCUCACAAAUAACUGAAUUUCCUGAUUUAACUGGAACUGCAAGCCUGGAGAGUCUGACUUUAACUGGAGCACAGAUCUCAUCUCUUCCUCAAACCGUGUGUGAUCAGUUACCUAAUCUCCAAGUGCUAGAUCUAUCUUACAACCUGCUAGAAGACUUACCCAGUUUUUCAGUCUGCCAAAAGCUUCAGAAAAUAGACCUGCGACAUAAUGAAAUCUAUGAAAUUAAAGUGGACACUUUCCAGCAGUUGCUGAGCCUCCGAUCUCUGAAUUUAGCUUGGAACAAAAUUGCCGUUAUUCACCCCAAUGCAUUUUCUACUUUGCCAUCUCUAAGAAAGCUGGACCUGUCGUCCAACCGCCUGUCAUCUUUUCCUGUAACUGGGUUACAUGGUUUAACUCACUUAAAAUUAACAGGAAAUCAUGCCUUACAGAGCUUGAUAUCAUCUGAAAACUUUCCAGAACUCAAGAUUAUAGAAAUGCCUUAUGCUUACCAAUGCUGUGCAUUUGGAGUGUGUGAGAAUGUGUAUAAAAUUUCUAAUCAGUGGAAUAAAGGUGACAACAGCACUACUGAUGACCUUCAUAAGAAAGAUGCUGGAAUGUUUCAAGUUCAAGAUGACCGUGAUCUUGAAGACCUCCUGCUUGACUUCGAGGAAGACCUGAAAGCCCUUCACUCGGUGCAGUGCUCACCUUCCCCAGGCCCCUUCAAACUCUGCGAAUACCUGUUCGGUAGCUGGCUGAUCAGAAUUGGGGUGUGGACCAUCGCCGUUUUGGCCCUUACCUGUAAUGCCUUGGUGACUUCGACAGUGUUCAGAGCCCCUCUGUACAUUUCCUCCAUAAAACUGCUCAUUGGGUUAAUAGCAGCGGUGAACAUGCUCAUGGGAGUCUCCAGUGCGGCGCUGGCUGGCGUGGACGCGUUCACUUUUGGCAGCUUUGCACAGCAUGGUGCGUGGUGGGAGCAGGGGGUCGGUUGCCAGGUCGUCGGGUUUUUGUCCAUUUUUGCAUCAGAAUCAUCUGUUUUCCUGCUGACGCUGGCAGCCCUGGAGCGUGGGUUCUCAGUGAAAUGCCCUGCAAAAUUUGAAACGAAGACUCCUUUUUCCAGUCUGAGAGCAAUCAUUUUGCUCUGCGCGGCACUGGCCCUGACCAUCGCCACCGUGCCCCUGCUUGGUGGCAGCGGGUACAGCGCCUCCCCCCUCUGCCUGCCACUGCCCUUUGGCGAGCCCAGCACCACAGGCUACAUGGUGGCCCUCGUCUUGCUCAACUCCCUUUGCUUCCUCGUGAUGACCAUCGCCUACACCAAGCUCUACUGCAAUUUGGAAAAGGGAGAGCUGGAGAAUGUUUGGGACUGUUCCAUGGUGAAGCACAUUGCUCUCCUGCUCUUCACCAACUGUAUUCUGUACUGCCCAGUGGCUUUCUUGUCCUUCUCCUCUUUACUGAACCUCACAUUCAUCAGUCCUGAAGUCAUUAAGUUUAUCCUUCUGGUGAUUGUCCCACUCCCUGCAUGUCUCAAUCCCCUUCUCUACAUCCUCUUCAAUCCCCAUUUUAAGGAGGAUCUGGGGAGCCUGGGAAAGCAAGCCCACAUUUGGACAAGAUCAAAACACCCAAGCCUGAUGUCUAUUAACUCGGAUGACAUCGAGAAACAGUCCUGUGACUCAACCCAAGCCUUGGUGACAUUCACCAGUGCCAGUAUAGCCUAUGACCUGCCUUCCAAUUCCGGGUCACCACCAGCUUAUCCAAUGACCGAAAGCUGUCAUCUUUCAUCUGUGGCAUUUGUCCCAUGUCUCUAAUUAAUAUGUGAGAGAGAAAGUUUUCAAAAAUUGAAAACCUGAAAAUGUGAGAUUGAAUACAUCAGAGCAGUAACUAAAACAGCUGAGUCGAAACUUGAUUUUUUUUUUUUUUAAAUCUCUCGGAGUGAAAAAACUGACAACCUAUUGAUACUGGAGAGUGAAUGCUGCCUGUAUAAUCCAUUCAGCUAAGAGAGAGAUUAGCCACACUAUUUAGGUAAGCCCAGGUUUCUUUUAAAAAUCAGAUUGAAAUGUUCAAAAAAGAGUCUCCAUGAUUUCAAUUGAAUUCUUUUUAAACUCACCAAUCUAAUGAUUGGGGGGUGGGGGAAACCAAUUGCUCACAAAAGGGGUUCUAAACGCAAAAUUCCUUAAAAGAUGGUUGGAGGUAUUAGGAAAAUAAGAGUUUUAAAUGGCCUACAGUACUAAGUAAAGGUUGUCACCAAUAGGAUUUCAUUUUAAUGACUAUGUGGAGAUGUUUUAGCCCUCCUUUGCCUCUCCUCAGGAAGGAUCCUUCCAGGUCACCACCCCCCCCCCCCCCCCGAGUAGAUAAUAUAAGGCAUUAUUAAUUUACUCAUAGUCACAUCAUUUUUAGAGAUGCCAGAUUUUAUGUAUCAGCACUAGAUGGUUCCGUUCCAAAUGGAAUAAAAAUGCUUACAAAUAUUUUGAAAGGAAAACGAACUUAAAUUCUUAAAUUGCCAUGAAGGCAAUCCUGUACAGGUAGGUUUGCCCUGUCUAAUUCGUUUUUAACUCCUUGGUACCCAGAAUUCAGAAGAAAAGUCCAUUGUCCGCAAUGGACAUACCGAGUAAAGAUGGUAAGCAACCUGGGAUUUCUUUUUUUUCUUCCUGGGUAAGUGCACAUGUUUCACAGGAGGUUUUAUCUGUUGAUUCAAAUUGAUGUGCAUCUUAAGAUAAUGGUCAAAUGCAGGCAUAACAUAAAUCCACUGACAACUUCUCACACGGAACUUUAGCAACAAAAUCUGAAAUCACUUUGGAUUCAACAGAGACUUGGUAACAUAUUAUCCUGUUCAUUUAGCUGGGUUUUAGAUGGGUUGUCUUUGGAUCAACCCACUUGAUGUCAGGAACAAGACUUCUCUGCUUAUUCUAUAUUUAAUACACGUGUUAGGUAUUUUAAGAGGCAAAACUAUACUAAAUAAAGGUCACAGGAUUAAUUCGUAACUUUAUUAUACUACAUUAGCUUCAAUGCAUCCAAACCAAAAGACUGUUAGGUAGAUUUAUUUUUAUAUAAGCAUGUUUAUUUUGAUCAGAUGUUUUAACUUGGAAUUGAAAAAAAUACAUUUAUGAGAUGUUUUAUAAGAUGUGUAAAUAUAGAACUGUAUUUAUUACCACAGUAAGAUUCAGUAACACAAAGGACCAUGAUAAUAAACAUGUACAGUGGCAUAUUCUUCCAUAUAUAUUGUGUUUCUCUGCUCAUUUUCUUUAAAUUCAUUAACUGUAUAUAAUAUAUGUAAAUGUACAGUACUUGUAAAUAGAUUCCAAACUUGCUUUUCUAUUGGAUACGAAAUAAAGAAAUUUGUAAUAAAAUGUGUGACUAUAAAACAAAA